UUCAUAUUCUUUGGGUCUUUCGGUUAAGUGACGUGACUUUACCGAAAGACCCAAAGGACACCUCCCUGGGAAUUUAAUGUCAUACAACACUGCACCUACUCAGAUUUUCAUGAAUAAUCAGGUCGUUCUACACGUGGUGGAGGAGCUCCUAUACCUGGUUAAUGUGUUCACGACAAGCUCUGGUUUGGCAUCCAAAGUCUCACUUCAAAUUAGUCUAGCAGCAUUCUUUCAUUAGGCUCUGUAACACUAUGUGGAAGCUGCCUGGACUUUUUUACAUACAAAGCUGUGAGUGUCCAUCGCCAAGGUCUAGUCCAUUGCAAAGGUCUCAUAAAAAAAAACAGGCAAUAGUCUACAUUAUAGACUGCCAAUACACUCACCGAGGUUAAGAACCAGGCUACAGUCUACAUUAUAGACUGCCAGUACGCUCACCAAGGCUAAGAACCAGGCUACAGUCUACUUUAGUUUUUUUCUUCUUUCACUUUAUUUGUUUUAUUAUUUUCUAUCUACGUGACUUUUACCGAAAUAACCAAAGAAUAUGAAUUCCCGCUGUCACUAAAGUUUUCCCAGGGAGGUGAUCUUUUUGUAGAACAUAUGCAAGGCCCCAUUUCGUCAUGGAAUUCAACAGGUACAGAACAAGAUUUUAUAAGAAUGGAAACAGUCAGGAAAUUAACACUCCACAUAUGCAGCUGAAGUUAGAUCUGUUCAUCCUCGCAUUCAAGCUCAUCUGAGCCUGGCUUCACACCUCUUAAGUUGCAAAUGAACAUUAAUUUAUACAUUUCUGCAUAAUACAAAUAAUAUUCUUUUCAACAGCCUUUGCUAUGUUAGCAAAUUUUUCUUAAAUAAAUAUUCCUGUCGUAGCUAGACAACCAAAAUUGUGUGCUUGGAGUUUUUGGUAAACAUUCAUUUUGAAGACACUAGGGUGUCCAGGCAUAUUUAUGACCAUUUGCCCUCAUUGUGUGCCUUAACAGCCCUUGUGAUGAAUUGGAGAAUCUCUUUCACUAUAUCAUGAAAAUAUGAAUAUGUAUAGAUGUGUAAGUCAUGUGUGACUGUGUUUAUAUGCAUUCGUCUGUGCCUCAAUACUCACAUAGAUGGUGUGGACAUGCUUUUCUGUCUGCAGCUGACCCUCGCUCUGCAGAAUUGGCCUGAUGGAGCAAAGGCACUCAGCGCAGCUCAGUACAAGAAGGAAACAAUGCAACCAGCAUGUAAACAUCACGGAUCGUACUGGAAAAUUGACACAGCACCAGAGAACACACACAGGAGAGAAACCUUUCAAGUGCACUGUGUGUGAGAAGGCAUUUGCAAAGUCAUCAAAUCUUCAGACUCACCAGAGAACACACACAGGAGAUAAGCCCUUCAAGUGCAGUGUGUGUGGGAAGGCAUUUUUUGAUUCAUCUACUCUUAAACAACACGAGAGAACACACACAGGCAAGAAACCUUUCAAGUGCACUGUGUGUGAGAAGGCAUUUACACGGUCACCACAUCUUCAAAGACACCAGAGAACACACACAGGAGAGAAACAUUUCAAGUGCACUGUGUGUGGGAAGGCGUUUGCACAGUCAUCACAUCUUCAAAGACACCAGAGAACACACACAGGAGAGAAACCCUUCAAGUGCACUAUGUGUGAGAAGGCAUUUUCAUGGUCAUCAUAUCUUCAGACCCACCAGAGAACACACACAGGAGAUAAGCCCUUCAAGUGCAGUGUGUGUGGGAAGGCAUUUUUUUUUUCAUCUACUCUUAAACAACACCAGAGAACACACACAGGAGAGAUGCCCUUCAAGUGCAGUGUGUGUGGGAAGGCAUUUUUUUAUUCAUCUACUCUUAAACAACACCAGAGAACACACACAGGAGAGAUGCCCUUCAAGUGCAGUGUGUGUGAGAAGGCAUUUUCAGAUUCAUCUACUCUUAAACAACACCAGAGAACACACACAGGAGAGAAACCUUUUAAGUGCACUCUGUGUGGGAAGGCAUUUGCAAAGUCAUCAAAUCUUCAGACCCACCAGAUAAUACACACAGGAGAUCAACCCUUCAAGUGCAGUGUGUGUGGGAAGGCAUUUUUGUAUUCAUCUACUCUUAAACAACACCAGAGAACACACACGGGAGAGAAACCUUUUAAGUGCACUCUGUGUGGGAAGGCGUUUGCAAAGUCAUCAAAUCUUCAGACCCAUCAGAGAAUACACACAGGAGAUAAACCCUUCAAGUGCAGUGUGUGUGGGAAGGUAUUUUCAGAUUCAUCUACUCUUAAACAACACCAGAGAACACACACAGGAAAGAAACCUUUCAAGUGCACUGUGUGUGAGAAGGCGUUUUCAAAGUCAUCAAUUCUUAAAUCACACCAGAGAACACACACAGGAGAGAAACCUUUCAAGUGCACUCUGUGUGGGAAGGCAUUUACAGAGUCAUCAAUUCUUCACGACCACCAGAGAACACACACAGGAGAGAAACCCUUCAAGUGCACUGUAUGUGAGAAGGCAUUUGCAAAGUCAUCAAGUCUUCAAAAUCACCAGAGAACGCACACAGGAGAGAAACCCUUCAAGUGCACUAUGUGUGAGAAGGCAUUUACAGAGUCAUCACAUCUUAAAACACACCAGAGAACGCACACAGGGGAGAAACCCUUCAAGUGCACUAUGUGUGAGAAGGCAUUUACAGAGUCAUCACAUCUUAAAAAACACCAGAGAACACACACAGGAGAGAAACCCUUCAGGUGCACUGUGUGUGAGAAGGCAUUUUCAGAUUCAUCACUUCUUAAAAGACACCAGAGAAUACAUACCGGAGAAAAACCCUUCAAGUGCACUAUGUGUGAGAAGGCAUUUACAGAGUUAUCACAUCUUAAAACACACCGGAGAACGCACACAGGAGAGAAACCCUUCAAGUACACUGUGUGUGGAAGCGCAUUUGCACAGUCAUCAAAUCUUAAAAGACACCAGAGAAUACACACAGGAGAGAAACCCUUCAAGUGCACUGUGUGUGAGAAGGCAUUUGCAAUGUUAUCAAAUCUUCAGAGCCACCAGAGAAUGCACACGGGAGCUAAACCCUUCAAGUGCACUCUGUGUGAGAAGGCAUUUACAGAGUCAUCACAUCUAAAAACACACCAGAGAAUGUACACAGGAGAGAAACCCUUCAGGUGCACUAUGUGUGAGAAGGCAUUUACAAAGUCAUCAUAUCUAAAAACACACCUGAGAACGCACACAGGAGAGAACCCCUUCAAGUGCACUGUGUGUGGAAGCGCAUUUGCAACGUUAUCAACUCUUCGGAGCCACCAGAGAACGCACACAGGAGAGAAACCCUUCAAGUGCACUCUGUAUGAGAAGGCAUUUACAAAUCCAUCAAAUCUUCAUAUUCACCAGAGAACGCACACAGGAGACACACCCUUCAAGUGCACUAUGUGUGAGAAGGCAUUUACAGAGUCAUCACAUCUUAAAAAACACCAGAGAAUACACACCGGAGAGAAACCCUUCAAGUGCACUGUGUGUGGAAGCGCAUUUGCACAUUCAUCAAAUUUUAAAAUACACCAGAGAAUACACACAGGAGAGAAACGCUGCAAGUGCACUAUGUUUGAGAAGGCAUUUGCAAAGUCAUCUAAUCUUCAUAGUUACCAGAGAAAGCACACAAGGGAGAAACCCUUCAAGUGCACUGUGUGUGGGAAGGCAUUUGCACGGUCAUCACAUCUUCAAAGACACCAGAGAACACACAGGCAUCACAAGAUCCCCAAGGAGUGGAGUCUGAAAUCGGCUUGUGUAAGUCCAAGUGCUGCAAUGAGCCCAUCCCUGUUGAAAAAAGAACCAAAAUUUAAUUCCAGCUUGGACGCAAUGAAAUGUGUCAAGGUGGAUUUUGAAAAGGUGAAAUGUGAAGAAGUGAUGGUGAAGAGCGAAGAAACGAUGGUAAAAUGUGAAGAUGAAGAUUCAACUCCAAAAUGUGACCUUCACAUCGAUGGAGGCAACGUGAAGCAGGAGGAGAAUUCUCACUGUGAGGCAGAGCGAAGUAACUCCCAGGAGUUUGUGGAAGUGGAGGUGUGGGUGGACUUCUUAGACAAUACAAAGUCAAAUGGAGACCCGGUAGAUAUGUAAGCUUGAGACAAUGAAGCCCCAGUAGAUUCACCUUUGUCACAGGCCUUUAAUUACAUUAAAGUGAAGUUGCACACUCAAUUCGUAGGUUCAGCCUGCCGAGUAAGAGGGGCCAGUAUUUGCAGACCUGUGGGUUGGGUAGAUCUCUAACCAGGAGCCAGAGCCAAUACGCUCCCAAGCACUCAUAAUGUUAUAAUAUUAUAAUGAUGCUUGUUUAAUCGCCUCAGCAGCUCGGAGUUUUGUAUCAUAUCUCAUCACAAACACUCGAAGAGCAUGUUGUGCAUAUGCCUUUUCCAAAAAAAAUUAUUAAGUGAUUCUGCCUUUUUUGGUAAUAAUUUUGAUCGGGAUGUAGCGCUGGGGCACAGAAAGGGUGAGUCGCCCCCCCUGCCUCCUACCUUGCCACCAGACCGGUGGAGGAUAAUAACUCACAAGCCUGCUUGUAAAGUAAUACAAUUUAAUUAAAAAAAUGGCAAACCAUAAGAUGGAAACAGCAGGGGUCACGAACCUCCCUUGGACUUUGAAAUCCACCCAAGGGCAGUUAAUCAUCAUGAGCUGACUGGGUUUUUAAAAAUACAACAGUGAAGUUCGAAGCUUAGCUAUAUGUUCAACCUCAGGAUAUCAAAAUAUACUUGAGAAUAAGAAGCACAGAUCCCUGGCGAUAUAGACGGGGAACAAAGGUUAAUAAAACCCUCGGAAUAUACUCGGUAACAACUACGGUAUACCAUAUCUUGGUUAAGCAUGAACCAAAUAAUAAUUGUGAAAGUAUUAGACCUAGGGUCAUUCAGAAGAGAUACAAUGUGAAAUAUGUCAAUCUCACGAACAAGAUAAUGUAUUCCACGGGAUCAGAGUCUCACCAAACGCCUUCGUCUUCCAGUAGCUAACAGCACAUGGUAGCAGUAAAUUAUGUAUGCAGGGGGGCGUCUUCCCCUAAUAUAUCAAAUACCAUGCAAGAAUUCCAAACAGCGACGUGAGUGCAGUGAAUGUUGCUCUAAACGUACUUCGAGUCACUUGCAGAGUCAAAACUGCGGAAAGUGGUAACGGUACCAAGCUAUAAGAGGUGAAUAAAAAAAUUUACUUCCAACUCGUGAUGAGAGGACAGCAUACAUGGUGACAGCAAGCACACUCCUGCACAAUAGGUCACGACUUCAAAGGCCACAGCGCCCCUUUUUGACAGAGACUGCAAGUCUGAUGCAAAUUUUCUUGAACACUUCCAACCCGUUAUGGGAUUGUGGGGAACGCUGCCCAAACCGAAUACACACACAGGGAGACAAUUGUGUUAAAAGCUUUAUUUUCAUCACAGAAUCUUACCCGCGAAUGUAUUAAAGCCCUUAGCCAAUUGAUGAACAUUUGUUAGACAAGCAAGCACACUACCGCACACCAUUAUUUCAAGGCAUUACGUUAAUUGCAUAAUCUAACAAAUUCAUUGAGGUCUACCUUUGCUUAGGCACGUUUCUUUAUUACCGUUCGUAUGAAUUUUGUCACAUUAAUUAAAAAACUUUUUCCUGUCGCUGUGUAUGAUCACCUUACUCUGAAGAAUGCGCCAAUUGUUCCAUUACCGAGUUUGACAAAAAUAAUUUUUGAGGGUUAAAUGUACAGAUCAAUGAGGAGGACAUCU